AUGUUGGCUGUUUUUUCGAAAUGUACCCUGCAAAAAGCGGGUUCGUACACCAUGCGCCCGCUGUCCACUGUGAAUUUCGACAUCCAACACAAGCAUCCGCAAACCAGGAAACAAGCUGGAUUGCCCAGAGCCAGGUAAUUUUUGGUCCGGUUUUAUCCGCACGACGAUGUUUACCGUAUAAAGUCAGUCCCAAAGUUUCGGUAGUACGGUAUUAUCACGGACGAUAUCCAAUUGCAGCUAAAACUCGUUGCAGUCAAAUUACAACAUUAUAAUAUUGUAAAACGUUUACGUGUUUUAUAAUUUUUUUCAGAUACGGAGGACGGAACGCCGUCACUAUGCUGCCGGGCGGAGGUAUCGGGCCGGAAUUAAUGAGCUACGUGAAGGAAAUGUUUUUACACGGCGGAGUACCCGUGGAUUUCGAGACGAUACAGAUCGACCCAAAGAGUGAUAAUAAUGACGACCUACAAUACGCUAUCAUGUCCAUUCGCAGAAAUGGCGUGGCCAUCAAGGGUAACAUCGAAACACGUAGUCUUGACACCGGGAUCAUAUCACGUAACGUGGCGAUACGUAAUGAACUCGAUCUGUUUGUGAACGUCAUAAAUGUUCAAUCAUACAACAAUAUACCAAGUCGUCAUAAAAAUGUCAAUUGUAUUGUUAUACGUCAAAACACUGAAGGUGAAUACGCAAUGUUGGAACACGAAAGUGUAGACGGAGUGGUAGAAUCUAUGAAAGUUAUCACCAAAGAAAAUUCCACACGAUUGGCCCGUUAUGCAUUUGAAUUAGCAAAAAACAAUGGUCGCAGUAAAGUCACAGCAGUUCACAAGGCUAACAUUAUGAAAUUGUCAGACGGAUUAUUUUUAGAAACUUGUAAACAAAUGUCAUUAAACUACCCUGACAUUAAGUUUGAUCAUAUGAUCAUCGAUAACUGUUGCAUGCAACUCGUUUCGAACCCUCAUCAGUUCGAUGUAAUGGUCAUGCCUAAUUUGUACGGUUCAAUUGUGUCAAAUGUAAUUUGUGGUCUAGUUGGUGGUGCUGGCCUAAUUUCUGGACGGAACUAUGGUGAUCAUUAUGCAGUUUUUGAGCCGGGUACUAGAAACACUGGAUCGGCUAUUGCUGGUAAAAAUCUUGCCAAUCCCGUAGCUAUGUUAAGUGCAUCAGCUGAUAUGUUGGAACACUUGGGUCAUCAAGUACAUUGCAAUAUAAUCAGAACGGCUAUAACUAAAACUCUUGAUGAGGACAUGGUGCACACAAAAGAUUUAAAUGGUACAGCAAAUAGUUCUGAUGUGGUCCUUAAUGUUAUUAAACACGUCAAAACCAUGGCAAACAGGCUUUAA